GUCGCCUUCCUUCUGGACUCCGGAUCAAUCUGGAGCUCCGGGAAUUUCCCUGGCGCGGCCGCUCUGGGCUUUCCAGUCUCAACCAUGUAUAAAAAGGGUUCGCCGAUAUGGGGAAGCCACAAGCCCGGGUCGUAGGCACCUCCUCGCCAGCUCUCCCGCUUCUGGCACAGCCUCCCGACCCGUCUGCUGAGCCCCAUGGCCCUCGCCGCGCUUUCCGCAGCUCCCAGCAAUCCCCGGCUCCUGCGGGUUGCGCUGCUGCUCCUGCUCCUGGUGGCCUCUGGACAGCGCGCAGCAGGAGCGCCCGUGGCCGCUGAACUGCGCUGCCAGUGCUUGCAGACCCUGCAGGGAAUUCACCCCAAGAACAUCCAAAGUGUGACUGUGAAGGCCCCAGGACCCCACUGCGCUGAAACCGAAGUCAUAGCCACACUCAAGAAUGGGCAGAAAGCUUGUCUCAACCCCGCAUCCCCCAUGGUUCAGAAAAUCAUCGAAAAGAUACUGAACAAGGCAACAACUCAAAGGAAAAUGCGUAAUUUUGGACUUAAUCUGAAAAGGACAUAAAAUGGUAUGAUAGAAAAUACCCGACUAAUACAAAAGAAGACAGAAAUGCAGGAAUAAGCCAACACAUGGAUCAAGGGCAGAAGAGACACAUCUUUACAGAAGAAUUGCUGAUAAUAUGAGUAUAGUCUCUUCCUUCAUGAAGGUAAAGCUUAAUUCCCCUCUCCAAGUGAGUGUAGCUAGACUUAGUGACUGGCUUCCAAAGAAAAGACUAAGAAAAAGGGAAAACAAUUACAGUGGAGAAAUUUGGCAGACAAUCUUCACCAGGUGAUCAAGGUUGUUGUCACCAGUUAUGGCAUGUGAGUAUCACUCACCCGCUGAUACAAUGUGAUGGAAGGGCACUUCCACUCUGUUUAAGUGCUUCCAGAAAAUGCAUAACCUUAGUAUAAUCAUAAUAAGGACAUCAUGAAAAUCUGAACUGAGGGACGUUUUACAAAACUCCUCAUAAGUACUCUUCAACACUGUCAGGGUGAUGAAAAACAAGACAAAACCAAUAACUUGUCACAGAUUAGAGGAGACAAAAGUGAUAUGGGGACUAAAUACAAUGUGGUAUGUGAAUUGGAUCCUAGAAGAGAAAAAAGGACCUUAUUGGAAAAUUUAGGAAAUCUGAAUAAAGAUAAGAGUUUAGUUAACAGCAAUGUACCAAUGUUAAUUUCUUAGUUUUGUCAAAUGUACUAUGAUUAUGUAAGAUGUCAACAUUAGGGGACACUGAGCCAAAGGUCAGAUAUAGAAACUCUCGGUGCCCACACAAAUUUUUUGUGAAUCUAAAAUUAUUCCAAAUUUAAAAGUUUAUUGUUCAAAAGAUAGGACAAAUACAAUAGCAGAUAGUAGACUUAGAUGCAACUAUAUUAAGAAUUAUAGUAAAUUCAAACAGAAUAAACACUGCAAUUAAAAGUCAAAGAUUAUCAGACUACCUAAAUACGACAUGUUUAGGCUUCUUAAAAGAGGCACACUUUGAAUUAUACCUGGAUAGGAGGAACAAGUUCUAGUGUUUUAUACCACUGUAGAAUGACUAUAGUUAAAAGUAAUAUAUAGUUUCAAACAGCUAGAAGGAUAUCAAAAGGUCCCACACAAAUAAAGGAAUAAAUAUUUGAAAUGAUGGAUAUGCUAAUUACCCUGAUCUGAUCACUAUACAUUAUAUAUAGAAACACUACUAUGUACUUCAUCAAUAUGUACGGUAAUUGUGUGGCAAUUAUAAAAAUACAAUAAAAGUGAAAAAUUGGACACCAGGUUCCUUGAAAUGAGAAGAAUUAAAAGUGUUACAUCAUAUAAAAAUGGGCUGACAUGGCUAUAUUAAUAUAUUGAAACCUGACCUGGAUAUAUUAAUAUAUUUAUUACUUAAAAACUAUUAAUAUGCUCUUCAUAUAAAUAAUAAGUAUAUUUAUCAAAAAUUAAAUACUAAUGAAGGCCUAAUUAAUAUAUUAUGCCUUAAGGAAAGAAAUAGUCUUGGAGAUAAAAAAAAAAAGACAGUUUAAAAAUAAAAAGGGGUUAAGUCAACAAGAGGCCAACAUUCCUAAGCUCUCAUGAACUUAGAAAAACAUUAUCAAAAUAUAUAAACUAUUUGUGAGGCUGAGGUGGGAUAAUCAAUUGAGCCCAGGAGUUUGAGGCUUCAGUGAGCUAUGAUCGUGCCACCUCAUUGCAGCCUGGGUGACAGAGCAAGGCCCUGUCUCUAAAAGAAAAAAAAAAAUUCACACACACCUAAAGCAAAAUGAAGAGAUCAUGAAAGAGCAAUAGAACGACAUAUAAUCAUGGUUACGGAUUCUAACAAACUCUUUCAACACUUAAUAUGCAAAGCAGUACACAUUCAGUAGCAGUAUAGAAGAGUUAAGCAACAUAAUCAACCAACUAGGUUUGACUGACAUAUAUUGGCAAUUUACGCAGCAAUUGCAUAAAUCACAUUUGUCUUUCCAAAGAGAACAUAGAUGAGUCAUAAAGAAGGUAUAAAAACAUUUCAAAAUGUUAAAACAUUACAGAAGUCAUUUUCUGAUCAUUAAAGUUUUUUAGGAUGAUUUGUAACUGUCCUACUUGAACUAUGUAUUCAUACACUGUGUGUGAUAUGUUUGCUGUGGUUUAUAACUCAUCUCAACUUCCUACAUUGUACUUCCACAAUACCAGAGUCAUCAUCAUGACCAAUAUAAUCAUCUAGUAUGAUAAAAAUGUUUCCAUAGAGAUUUUUGCUUAUUUCCUGUAUUUUUUUCUGACACAUUCCUUUGUAAUUUUGACAUUCCUGUAUUUCUUGGAUUACAUGAUAUGAGCAUAAUGUAAUUUAAUUACUCAAUACUUUCCACAAAAGUUGAAACAACAAUCUUAAGAAAAGGCAAAUAUAAAGCUUAUACUAAAAGCUAAUUUUUUUAAGUUUUGGAAUGAUGUUCUCAUCUAUAUAUUAGAU